AUGAAACACGAAAAAGAAGAUGCUGCUAGCGUCUUAGAACAGUAUAUUUCAGAUGUUGGAAAUCUCCCAGGCGAAAUAGCUCAUGUAUUAGAGGAAAUCCGUGAAAAGGACCUCAAGUUUUAUGACACGCGCAAGCGUAUCCAACAACGCGAUAACCAAAUCCAUAAGUUUAUCCGCACCCACGGUUCCUUAGCCGAAAACCCCAAAGAAGUCUCUGCUUAUCCUAAGAUUCGCACAGACUUUGAAAAGGCUAGAAUCCUUCAGAAUGAAAAAUGUGACCUUUCCGUUACAGGUCUCUACCUCAUCUCAAAGCAUCUCCGUCGUCUCAUGGAGAAAAUCGAGCUUCUGGAGCGUGAUGGUGAAAUCCCCCCAGACCCGAAUCCAGCUUCCAUCACAGACUUUACACUUUCUACACCUGCAUCCGCAGUUACUCCUGAGUCGAAUCCUUUAUUAUACUCCAUGAUGGCUGCUGCCCAGGCAGGAACCGCAGGCACGGGCUUAGGAAUGGCGUCUAUUGCCCAACUGGGCCACACCACUUCGACCUCAGGAAGCGCAGCGGCUUCUGUGGCUGCUCAACUACACCACCAUCUCACAGGAGCUGCUUCUGGUACGGUUUCAGGCCAGGCUGGUGCUGCUUCUACUUCUACUUCUACUUCUACUUCUACUUCUACUUCUACUUCUACUUCUACUACAACCCGUGCAGGAUCUGCACGGGCUACUGGAUCCCGUCAAUCUCGUGCAGGAGCCGCAGCUGCUGCAAAUACAUCAGCUGCUGGCUCAACAGCUGCAAGUGGCCAGGGUGCCUCUGCAACUGGGUCUCAUCGCAAACACUCAUCUACAGGACCAAAUUCGCGUGGUAGCACCCCUGGGUCGGUCCAGGGUGCCAAUGGAGGUGCAGCUACCGGUACUGCAAGUGUCGGAAACGGGAAUGGUGCCACCGGGCUCGCAGGCGAGCUAACAGGCGCAGCCGCCGGUGGAGCAGGUGCAACUACCAAGGGCAAAGGUGCUGCAGCGGUGGCUGCGGCAGCAGCAGCAGCUGGAGUUUCCGGUUCUGCUACUGCGGCAGCACUUAAUGCUACAACAAAUGGCGCCAUUACAACUACUGGGACUGGGGCGUCCACAGGUGCUUCCACACGGCCAUCUAAACGUCAAAAGGUAGGCGCAGGUGCUGGCCACAAGAGUGGAGCAGGACGUAAAGGUGCAAACGGCAGUGGUUCUGGUGCAUCAUCACGUAAUUCUACUCCUGCUGCAGAAGCCGCUGGCACCGCAGGUGGUGCUGGAGCCGGUGCAGGUGCUGGAGUAACUGGAACUAAGGCCGGGUCGCGACGUGGAACUAAUGUGUCUGAGCACACUGGUGGGCGUGCCGCUGCUUCGGUUUCUGCAGCAGCAGCAGCUGCUGCUGCCGCCGCCGCUGCCGCCGCUGCCGAAGCUCUUGAAGCUGAUGAGGAGGUCGACAGCACAGGCCAGAGCCGGAGCCGGUCGCGAGAGAAGGAGGAGGAAGAGGAAGGAGCCGUGGCAGAAGAUGCUGGGGUUGUUGCGGAUGCUGAAGACGAGGUGUACUGUUCGUGCCGGCAAGUGUCGUUUGGUAAUAUGGUUGCGUGCGAUAACCCGACAUGUCCCUACGAAUGGUUCCAUUGGGAUUGUGUGGGACUUGUGGAACCACCCCAGGGCACCUGGUACUGCCCUACUUGUACAAAGUCAAUGAAGGAAAAAGACUCCAAGAAGCGAUCGCGAGGGUGA